AUGAAGGCUCGUCACUCUGUUCUCUCGUUGGGCCUGCUUUGUAUACCGGCGGGUAUCGUGUAUGGAGCAAGCCAACAAGUCCUAGGCUUCCAAGAUACUAUCCUUUCGGCCAUAGGCAUCGACGGCUUGCCUUGGCCGUUCUUCGGGAGCGCUGAUGAAAAGAAAGGUGCAGAGACUCUAUCUAAGUGCAAUGUACCUUUCGAGGUCCUCGACCUGCUAAGCCACGCCGGCGUUCAAAGCGCGGACUGCAGCGCAGCAGCCCAUCUCGCAGAGUCCCUCCACGACACCUGUUCAAAGCAUCCCGGUUGUCACCUCGCCGGACCAAAGGACAAUGCUAAACCAUCCAGCGACAAAAAAGACGCGGGAUGGCGUGCAUCAAAAGCCUGCGCAAUCGCGCGUUUCCUCCUCGAGCCCUCGAGCGCCGUGAUGCAAGCCUCGGAAUACGGCGAAGCCUACGAGGCCGCUGUGAGAGUGAAUUGGUCAAAGGACUGCUGGCUCCAACCGCGAUGCAUCCUCCAGCCCUCAAGCGCCGAGCAAGUAUCAUGGAUUAUGCAAAUCAUCCAAUAUACUGGAACCCGUUUCGCCAUCCGAAGCGGUGGCCACAACCCGAACCGCGGGUGGGCCAACAUCGGGGACGGGGGCGUGCUGAUCGACACGUCACGGCUAGACGAGGUCGUGGUAAGCCCCGACGCCUCGACAGUCGAAGUCGGUCCGGGAAACCGCUGGAUCCGAGUAUACGAGAAACUUGAGGGCACGCGACGCUCCGUGCUGGGGGGGCGCACACCGGAUGUGGGUGUUGGUGGCCUUCUUCUCGGAUGCGGAAUCCCCAGUUUCUCGAGCGAGUUCGGGCUUGCAUGUGAUUACGUGCGGGAGUACGAGGUGGUGUUGGGGAACGGGACGAUUGUCGUUGCAAAUCAGGAGACGAACGCGGAUCUGUGGUGGGCUUUAAAAGGGGGCGGGUCUAAUUUCGGAAUCGUGACGAAGUUCGUGCUUGAGACUAUUCCUGUCGAUCGCAUUUGGUACGAAGCGCGCAUCUACGGCCCGGACGAGAGCAGAAGAUUGCUAAGGGCCGUUCGCGAAUACCAGGCCGCCGCUGAAGAAGACGAGAAGGCGUCAUUUGCCUUCAGUCUUUCCAAUAAUCACACCAUUGUGGCUUUUGUUUACUCGGCGCCCGUCGAGUUUCCGCCUGUCUUCCAGAUGUUCCGCGAUAUACCCUUUCAGCGACACUUCAUCGAGCCCAGCCUAGGGACGCCCUAUACAAUCGCAAAGGCCUUCGAGACGGUACUAGGAGACAGACCCGCGUUCAAGCGUGACAUAAUUGCAGUUUCGACAAAGCCUGAUCUUUCGUUAUACGAGGAAGGUUACGAUCGGUGGUUAGAACUUUCGAAAGACAUGAUGGGGCAGUUUGACUGUAUGAUGACCUUUGGCAUCCAGCCCGUCACGUCGAGCGCUAUCAUAAAAAGCAACGCCAGAGGAAACCCACUCAACCUUUCGCCAGAAGGUCAACAAUGGUAUACUUCUGUCAUUCAAUGGCAAGACGACAAGUUCGACGAUCUUGCGCAUCAGGCUGUCAAGACUAGUGGUGGUGCGGUGCGGGAGAUCGCUAAGCGGAAAGGGAUUUUGCUUGAUUUCGAAUUUCUCAACGACGCCACUUGGGACCAACAUCCCAUCGCGAGUUACGGAGAAGAAAAUGUGCGUAAGCUACGUGAGAUUGCCCAGCGGUACGAUCCCGCCGAAGUAUUCCAAAAGUUGCAAGGAGAUGGAUUCUUGCUCCACAAGAUGCCAUGA